AUGGUUGGGGACACUGCGAAAUUGACCAUCCAAGGCUAUGCGCUGACGCAGGACGUAGGGCAAAGAAACCACAUUCCCGGAAAAGACGAAAAGAAGAUCCAGCUGUGGGUCGUGCAAGUAAACCUCCUCGUUGGGUAUUUUGGUGCCUACACCGAUGUCUGGCAAUUGCGUCAAAGCUCAUUCAAAGCAAUCACUUUCCUUCCUAGUCUCUUAGCCGAUGCACUCGCGGAACUAAAGCCUGUCCAAUCUGAGGCCUACCAUGAAUGGGUGCAGCGAGAAUGCCUUAAUAGGUGCGUUGCAGCGGGAAUGCUCAUUGAGGCCUCUUUUAGCUCCGUUCCGACCAAUCGUCCGCUCUAUCUCACCAACAUGGAUCCUAUAUUCGCGCUUCCUUCAUCAACCAGAGACUGGCUCAUGGUUGAGGAGGAGUGGAAUCAGCCGCCCGAAGUUUUGAAUUUCUCAGAAGCACUUGACUCCAUCAACAUGGGUCAAAAGCCCGAACGACAAGUCAGCAAUUUUGGUUUCCUUACCAUUGUUGCCGCGGUCCUUUACCAAAUCUGCUCAUUCGAGAGGGCUACAGGCGCCAGAUACGUUGACUUGUACACAAGCUUCGCUUCAAGAUUGGACAGGUCGAUCAAUGUUCUCCUCGAAAUGUUCAACGAACUCAGUGAUGACUCGGACAUCUCAUACUCCCGAGGCGGUCAGUGA